GCGGGGCGGGGCGGGGCGCGCGGGAUUAUUAUGGGCUGCGGGCGCCGCCGCCGAGGCGCACAAGAUGGAGCUGUCUGCAGUGGGGGAGCGCGUCUUCGCCGCCGAGUCCAUCAUCAAGCGGCGCAUCCGAAAGGGCCGCAUCGAGUACCUGGUGAAAUGGAAGGGCUGGGCCAUCAAGUACAGCACCUGGGAGCCCGAGGAGAACAUCCUGGACUCCCGCCUCAUCGCCGCCUUCGAGCAGAAGGAGCGCGAGCGGGAGCUGUACGGGCCCAAGAAGAGAGGACCGAAGCCCAAAACUUUUCUGCUGAAGGCUCGGGCCCAAGCGGAGGCCCUCCACAUUGGGGAUGUACACUUUUCUGUCAAGCCUGGUUCUAGCACCUCGUCUCCCAAGCUCCACUCCAGCGCUGCAGUGCACCGGCUCAAGAAAGACAUCCGGAGAUGCCAUCGCAUGUCCCGGCGUCCCCUGCCCCGUCCCGACCCCCAGAAUGGUGGAAGCGUGGGAGGGGGGGCUGGCAUCCGUCCCCCCGUCUCGCCCUUCUCGGAGACCGUCCGCAUCAUCAACCGUAAGGUGAAACCCCGUGAGCCCAAACGCAGCCGCAUCAUCCUCAACCUCAAAGUCAUUGACAAAGGUGGGAAGCCAGCCAACGGGGCCGGGGCCCUGGCUCGACCCAAGAUCCCUUCCCGAAACCGUGUCAUCGGUAAGAGCAAAAAGUUCAGUGAGAGCGUCCUCCGCACUCAGAUCCGCCACAUGAAGUUCGGCGGCUUCUCGCUUUACAAUAAGCCGUCUGCUGCGCCAGCCCCCUCUCUGGAGGGCAAGGGGGAGGCCGAAGGCUCCCAGGCGGCCUCCUGUGGGCUCAUGAUGGGCUCCACCCCGUACGAUGCCCCCAGCUCCAGCUCCUCUGGCUGCCCGUCGCCCACGCCCCACUCCUCUUCUGACCCGGAUGAUUCUCCUCCGAAGCUGCUCCCCGAGACCCUCAGCCCGGCCAUCCCCGACUGGCGCGAGUCAGAGGUCCUCGACCUCUCCAUCCCACCUGAGUCAGCUGCCACCAGCAAGCGUUCUCCCCCUGGAGGCUGCAGCGGGGCGCAGACGCCCUCCUUGCCCCUUUCCUCUUCCGACCCAGAGCUGGAGGCCGGCGACUGGCGUCCCGAGAUGUCCCCUUGCUCUAAUGUGGUGGUCACGGAUGUCACCAGCAACCUGCUCACGGUCACCAUCAAGGAGUUCUGCAACGCGGAGGAUUUUGAGAAGGUGGCGGCGGCGGGUGGUGGGGGAGGCGGCAGCAAGUGAGCCAGCCAGAUCCCCCUGCUCCAGGGAUGUGGGGGUUCUACCUGCGAGAAGUCGUGGUGUGAAUGGCUGUCCUUGGUUCUCUCCUUCUCCCCUGCGCUGUCCCUCUGCCCUCACGGCCACCCUUCCUCCUCCCCCUCCUGCCCGAUCCCUCUGGUGCAGAGGCCAGAGUGUUGCAGUGGGGGGAGUCAGGAGGCAGGGUGGGCCGUGGUUGUUUGUCCUUGAAUGUGGUGGCGUCCAACUGGCAGUGGAGCCUUUGGGGUGAGCGUGUUUCUGUGUGCCUGCGGGGUGGCAGGGGGGCUGCACCUCCACCCCUUCCCCUUCCAUCUUUGAGUGAAGAGGAGCUCCAGACCCUCAAGAGGUGGGUGGAAGGAGAGCUGGAGCCUACACCCCUGAGCCUUCUCCCACAAGGUGCACACAGUCUCUUCCAUUCCUGUAUUUUUCUCCUGCCGUGACCUGGAUCCUACUGUCCUUGCCUUCCUUGGCCCGUGGCCUGGAUCUGCCAUCUCUGUGCUGCAGUGACAGAUCCAGAUGUCCCGCAAGGAGGAGAGGGGUGUGAGGUGAAGUGUCAUAGCUGCAAGGUGCUCAUGACAAAGCUGGGGUGGCUGAGAGAGCCCCACACAGCAAACAUCCCAUGGUGGCUUCUCUGUUCCUGCAACUAUCGGUGCUACCUUGGCAGUUGUAUGGUCACUUUUGGGCAGCCUGGUGUCUCCUCUUCCCCUGCAUCUUCCAGCGUGCUCAGCUUUGCAGGUGGAAUGGGAGAGAAGGGGAGCCUGCCUCCAGCCAAACCUUCCUCCUGGCAUUUCAUCACUUGCACUUGUUGGGGGAGAGGGAAUCAAAUACCCCUCUCCUCCUCCAGCCCUUCUGUGGUGGGAGUGGGAGCACCCGUCCUUCAGUCUGGGAGGAGAUGGUGGUCUCCUGCCUCCUCAGCAAGCUUCCCCUGGACCUUUUUGCUCCCUCAGAGGGAAGGAUGGGUGCUAAGGUGGGUGGCGUGCUCUACCCACUCCCUCUCAUCUCUCCUGCUCCCCUCUCUCUGUCUGGGAUGUCUUGGAAGGAGUGUUCCCUUCUGUUUUUCCAGGAUCUGAAAUGGCCCCUUACAACUGCCAUCAAAGGUGCUAACAAAAAAUUACUCUCGCAUCAUAAGCACUCGUGCUGGCUCUCUCUGAGAGCACCUCUGGGUUGAUACAGACAUUCCUUCUCCUUGGCCCUUGCAAGUAGGAGCAAGCGAGAUCACAGCUCUUUCCCUGAUGCUCUUGUCAUGCCCCUAACGAGCUCGCUCCUCUACCUGCCACUUCUGGCUUGCUUAUCCUAAGCACCGUGGUGAGACGCCACUCCUUCCUCUCCCUUCUCCUCUACUUGCAUGUGGUUGGGCGGUAGGGGCGAGGAAAAGGUGCUGAUGGAUCAACCCAUGGGAGAGCCU